AUGCGAACAAUCUCUUCCCAAACAAUCGAAUUCGGUUCCACGGAAAUCUCGCGAGUAACUGUAUUCCCUGAUCGAGCCGAAAUUAGACGAAAAAUCCAGCUGAAAAUUGAGCCUGGCAUCAAUGAGAUCACAAUUAAUAAUAUUUCCGGGAAAAUCCUCGAAGAUUCAAUACGAAUCUCUGGCACUGGAAUGGCUGUGAUUCACGAGAUUGAGAUCACAUGGAAAAGUGUUUCAGCAAAAGUUGGACCUGAAGAAAUAAUCAAUUCAACAUCGAAGGAACAAGAGAAAUCGACUCUAGUUGUUGAUCGAUCGACUCUUGACGGUUUCAAAGAACUUUUGCAGUUCUAUGGGCAACAAGGGAUCGAGUUUGGAGAACAAGAUCAAGUUUUAACCAUCGAAGAAGAAGAAUGUAAAGAGAAGCUUAAAGAGGCGAGAGAAAAUUUGAAUAAAUUGCUCAAGGAGGAAAGAAUUCGAAUCAUCAAAGUGUUUUUGGAAACUGAAAAAGCUCACGAAGUUGAUUUACUCUUGAGUUAUCAAGUAGAGCAAGCAAAGUGGAGGCCAACUUACGAUAUUCGAGUUGAUUCGAUGGGUGAAGAUGGGUCAAAGAUGAAUGUUAGUUAUUUUGGUCGUGUCACUCAGGAAUCGGGCGAAGAAUGGGCAAAUUGUGAACUCGUUCUUUCUACAGCGAUUCCCUCAUUUGGUGGAUCUUUGCCCAAAUUGAAGACUCUAGAUGUUUCGCUUAGAGAGAAGCGACCAGUUUAUGAUGAUAGAGAGAUGUACUCAGCGCCAAGGCCACAAUGGAGAUCUAUACAACCGCAAGGAUCAAGGACCGCAUUAAGGUCAAAUGCUGAUGAUCCUAUGAUCGAUGAUGAUGAAUGGAUGCCUGAAAUGGCACAAAUUACGGCCACCGUCAAAGAACAGACUUUGGCAUCGGAAUUCACAAUUGCUCGUCUUGUGACAAUUCCAUCGAACAAUGGAGAGCACAAGGUGACAAUCGGUGUUGCCCAACUUGUCCCUAAUCUUUUCCGUGAAUGCAUUCCAAUGAAAAACUUCAACGUCUUUUUGACUGCUUCAACAACAAAUAAUUCUUCACUUGCUUUCCUUCCUGGAGAAGCAGCGAUAUUCUUUGAUGGGAAUUUUAUCAACAAGAUCCAACUGAAAUCCGUUUCUCCGGGCGAACAUUUCUCAACUUCUCUUGGCAUUGAUCCGUCGAUUAAAGUUCAACUAAUGCCUUCGCAUAAUCGGCAAGGAGAGACUGGAAUCAUUAGCAAGUGGAACACGACAGUGAAAAAGCAAAAAUAUGUCGUGAAAAACAACAGAAAAGAAGCGGUGAUGAUCACAAUUUACGAGCAAAUCCCAAGAAGUUCGAAUGAAAGAGUCGUGGUCAAACUCCUUGCGCCUGACUCAAAAACGGCUCUCGUGACAAUCAGAAGCGAUGGAAUCGUGACAAUGCCCACCGUAUAUUAUGUUGAGAUUGCUUGUCCGAUUACGGUGGAUACUUUCCCGUUUGAUGUUCAAGCGUGUCAGAUACCAAUUCUUAGUUUUUUAUACACUCCGGACGAUGUAUUAACAAACGGUACGGUGUCUCCAGCGGCUUUAUCACUUGAUGGGGUUGAUUUUAAAUUGGUCGGAAUGUUCUGGUCGCCAAAUAUUAGAAAGGAACAGCUCACGAAAUUAAGUAUCGGUUUAACAAGCCUUGUUUCGAUGACCGUCUUGCUCGAUCUCUUAUCGACGGCUAUUCCAAAGACGAGAGUUUUUCCUUUGUUGGGUAUUUACGUCGUUGUCUGUGUUGGGAUCAUCUCGGCCGCUUGUGUCGUCAUCGUGAUGUUCGCUCUUCAAAAUCCGAGAAAGAAAAACGAUUGGGAGUUAAAAAAAGAAGCUCACGAAAGAGCGAUGGAGGGAUACAGAGAAAAGUUCUGCCGUUUCUUCAAAGAACACUGCACAGGGCGACACGUCUUCUUUCAACUCUGCUUUCAAGGCAUCAACCUCGCUGGGUUCAUCGUUUUUCUGUCGUUUUGGAAA